ACAUCCUCAUCAUUUAUUUUAGUCAACCGCCAAGCCGUUUGUUUCUACAAUUUACAUUUUGUAUGAUUAAUUAAUUGAUUUAAAUGUGGUAGAUUUUCUAAAGUUCGAAAAUAUGAAUCCUUGUUUUGUUGCAACUCCUCAAGUAGAUACGGAAGGCGAUGGUAGAUGGAAUAGUAUCCACAAUAGGUUUCUAUCUGAUGCGAAAGGAAAGGAUGCAGACGUAAUUUUUAUAGGAGAUUCAAUUUUACAAGCUUUAGAACACACCGAAGUCUGGAACCAAUGGUUUGCUCCACUUCACUGCCUGAACUUUAGUAUCCACAAGGAUCAGACUCAAAAUGUCUUAUGGCGCAUCAAAAAUGGAGAAUUGGAUCAUGUGGACCCAAAAGUAAUAGUAGUGCAUGUUGGCACCAAUAAUGUUGAACACACCCCCGAGCAGGUGUGUGAAGGUAUCUUAGAGAUUGUCAAGACUAUCAGGGAGAAACACCCAAGUGCUUAUAUUGUAUUACCUAGCCUUUUACCUCGCGGUCAAUAUCCCAACAUUUUGAGAGAAAAGAAUGCUAAAAUUAAUCAACUCCUAAAAGAAAAGGUUGUAAAUAUGAAUAAGGUAGAAAUGGUGUCAAUAGAUAAAGGUUUCAUUCAAAAUGAUGGCACCAUAAGCCAUCACGACAUGCAUGACUACCUCAUUCCAACUAAUGCAGCCUGUCGAAAGGCCUUUGAACCCAUUUAUGACCUGCUUCAGCAAAUAUUGUCUGAAGGUGAACCAGAAAAAGACCUAACACCAUCUGAAUAGGUAUGAGGUUUUAACCAUCAAUCCUAAAGAUGGUAAAUGAAUUUAUAGCUUUUUAUUGUGCAGCAAGCUCAUUGUGAUGAAACAGUACUUACAGUUAGCUUUUUUAUAUAGGCUUAAGUAUGUAUUUUAGAAAUAUUUUAAAGUUAUUAACAUGUACAUUCCAAAUUAGACUUAUAUUUUUCUUAUUGGCUGUGUCUUUUACACCUAAUUUCUUUAUAAUUAUCAAAGUGACUUGUUGAAGUGUGUAAUUUUUCACUGUUUAUUUGUUAUUUUGUAAUAUAGUAGCUUACCUGAAAGAGCUCAGAGAUAGGUUUCAGGAAGUUGUAAGGAUACAAAACCACUAUGGAAUGUGUCACUUGAGAUCCAAGAAGAGGCCUAUAUUCAGCAUUGGGCAUCUGAAGUCUUAAAUGAUGAUAGAUGAAUAACACAUUACCAUAGCAUUAUAGGUUUUGGUACUUUGAAUAUUGUUAACUUGGCUUUUAUUACCAGUCUAGUAAGCAACUCCAUUUGAGGACCUAUUGCAAGAUUUAUUUGAAUCAUAUGAUUAAGAAAAAGUUCAAUAAUAGCAUAUCAAAAGAAUAUUCUGAAAAUCCAUGUAAUUCUAUAAGUGUUUUAUUGAACAACAUGAAAAAACCAAUUUGAUAGUCUUAACUUUUUAAGAUCACAAUUGAAUAUUUUGCUGAAUAUAAACUUGUUUUCUAAAAUGUAUAAUGCAUAAAUUUAUGAAGUACAGUCUCACAUUUAAUUUGAUUGUAUACCAUGGUUUUAAUGGAAUUGAUUGCUACCAAAGAUAUUAUAUUUAUAUUUCCAACCAAAGUUUAUGUGAAUAUUCCUUUGUGUAACAGUAAACAUAAAUUAACAAUAUUUUUGAUAUUUACAUGUAAAGGCAAUAUUAUUUGUUAACAAACAACUAACAUUUGAUCAAUUUGUGUCAACUAGUAUGUCUGUAAU